GACGGAGUCUUGCUCUAUUGCCCCGGCUGGAAUGCAAUGGCGUGAUCUCUGCUCACUGCAACCUCUGCCUCCCGGGUUCAAGCAAUUCUCCUGCCUCACCCUCCCGAGUAGCUGGGACUACAGGCGCCCGCCACCACGCCGUUAAUUUCUUUCGUAUUUUAGUGGAGACGGAGUUUCACCGUGUUGCCCAGGCUGGUCUGAAACUCCUGAGCUCAGGUAAUCUGCCCGCCUCGGCCUCCCAAAGUGCUAGGAUUACAGGCCUGAACUACUGUGCUCAGCCGGAAGUCUGGAUUUCUGAUGUGAAUGUACAUAUUCCGACUUUUUUUUUUUUUUUUUUGAGAUGGAGUCUCGCUCUGUCGCCCAGGCUGGUGUGCAGUGGUGCGAUCUCGGCUCACUGCAAGCUCCGCCUCCCGGGUUCAAGCCAUUCUCCUGUCUCAGCCUCCCGAGUAGCUGGGACUACAGACACCUGCAACCACGCCCGGCUAAUUUUUUGUAUUUUUUAGUAGAGACGGGGUUUCACCGUGCUAGCCAGGAUGGUCUCGAUCUCCCGAUCUCGUGAUCCGCUGGCCUCAGCCUCCCAAAGUGCUGGGAUUACCGGCGUGAGCCAGCGCGCCCAGCCUCUAUAUUCUGACUUUAAAAUACUGGUAGUUAAGCCAUUUAUUAGAAUAUUAGCAGGUAAAACAGAGCUCUAUUCAGCUGCAGGCCACCAGUUUUCGACCUCUGAUUCACAGCUUUCCUGGGCCUUCCAUGGACGCUACUUGCUGUACCAGGCACUGCGCUCUUUUGCAUAGGGAUGAGUUCCAGUCAUCACUGGGGUCCCAGGCCAGGAUCUGUGUCUGUUCCUCUUGCUUCAACCCGACUAGGCCUGAGGAGUUGAGGGUAGUGGAGGCCCUCAAAUAACUGGGAGUCUCCAAAGGCUCGAAGCUGGGGCGCCUGACGGCAGGCACGGCUUAAAGGCUUGCCCAGGGCCACCCGGGGAGGACAAGGGUUGGAAUUCGGUUCUCCGCCUUCAAUUCAGAGCUCCUUUCUCCAAGACUAGAAAAGGUUAUUCCAGAGACGAGACUUGCGGCCAGAAGCCCAAAACGUCCUAGUCUUCGCGAAUCUGCCCCAUUAGAGCGACCGACAAAAACUACAAAUUCCAGCAUGCCCCGAGUCGCGGACGGCCCUCGCGCUCCCGCCGGCUCCAACCAUCCCUCUGCUCCUCAUUGGCUCGCAAGCCUAACGUGCUGUUCCGUGACUGGUUACAGCUCUUGUCGCUCGAAAGAACCCAUUGCUGGGGCUGGCCGGCGUGUGCCUUGGAGCCUCUAAGGAGAUGGAACUGCACUCAACCAGGAUGAGAGGCUGCCCGGCCAAUGCAGCUGCCGCCCCGUCUGCUGCGGAGGCUUUGCUUUUUGACUCCCUGGCGACACUAAAGUUGAAGAGCUUCCGGCCGGAGGCCAUUAGAUGGGACACCCGGAAGGCGGAAGUUCUAGGGCGGAAGUGGUCGAGGGGAGAGGAGAAUGGCGGCGGAAGGCUGGAUUUCGCGUUGGGGCUGGGGCCGGCGGUGCCUGGGAAGGCCUGGGCUUCCCGGCCCCGGCCCUGGCCCCACUACACCUCUCUUUCUUGUUUUGUUGUUGGGGUCUGUGACUGCGGAUAUAACUGACGGCAACAGUGAACAUCUCAAGCGGGAGCAUUCGCUCAUUAAGCCCUACCAAGGGGUCGGUUCCAGCUCUAUGCCCCUCUGGGACUUCCAGGGCAGCACUAUGCUCACGAGCCAGUACGUACGUCUGACCCCUGACGAGCGCAGCAAAGAGGGCUCUAUCUGGAACCACCAGCCCUGCUUCCUCAAGGACUGGGAAAUGCAUGUCCACUUCAAAGUCCACGGCACAGGGAAGAAGAACCUCCAUGGAGACGGCAUCGCCUUGUGGUACACCCGGGACCGUCUCGUGCCAGGGCCUGUGUUUGGAAGCAAAGAUAACUUCCACGGCUUAGCCAUCUUCCUGGACACCUACCCCAAUGAUGAGACCACCGAGCGCGUGUUCCCGUACAUCUCGGUGAUGGUGAACAAUGGCUCCCUGUCCUACGACCACAGCAAGGAUGGGCGCUGGACCGAGCUGGCGGGCUGCACGGCUGACUUCCGCAACCGCGAUCACGACACCUUCCUGGCUGUGCGCUACUCCCGGGGCCGUCUGACGGUGAUGACCGACCUGGAGGACAAGAACGAGUGGAAGAACUGCAUUGACAUCACGGGAGUGCGCCUGCCCACCGGCUACUACUUCGGGGCCUCCGCCGGCACUGGCGACCUGUCUGACAAUCAUGACAUCAUCUCCAUGAAGCUAUUCCAGCUGAUGGUGGAGCACACGCCCGACGAGGAGAGCAUCGACUGGACCAAGAUCGAGCCCAGCGUCAACUUCCUCAAGUCGCCCAAAGACAACGUGGAUGACCCCACGGGGAACUUCCGCAGCGGGCCCCUGACGGGGUGGCGGGUGUUCCUGCUGCUGCUGUGCGCUCUCCUGGGCAUCGUUGUCUGCGCCGUGGUGGGGGCCGUGGUGUUCCAGAAGCGGCAGGAGCGGAACAAGCGCUUCUACUGAGCGGCGCCACCGGCGGGGCCUGCCCCUGGGCCCAGGAGCCAAUGUGAACUGUUUUUUUACUGGGAUUAUAAAAGAACAACAAGAUGACCUUAUUUCUUAACUGUUUCAAAUAAAUGAUUAAAGUAUUUUCA